GUUUUGUCCCUCCGCCCUCUCCGUAUAUUUUCGAGCUGUCAUGUGAAUCCAGCGAUUGCCAAAACGUUUAGAGAAAACUGAUUUUAUCAGAUGAACAUCUUAUAUUUUCGAUUAUAAUAAAUAGCCAAAAUGCUCUCCCGAUUAUUAAAAGAACAUCAAGCGAAGCAAAACGAAAGGAAAGAGUCGCAGGAAAGACGAAGGCGAGAGGCCAUAGCAGCUGCUACAAGUUUAACAGAAGCUCUGGUGGACCAUCUCAAUGUAGGGGUGGCGCAGGCGUACGUCAACCAGCGCAAGCUUGACAACGAGGUGAAGACGCUGCAGGUUCAGGCCAGUCAGUUUGCCAAGCAGACGGCUCAGUGGAUCAACAUGGUGGAGAACUUCAACCAGGCCUUAAAAGAAAUCGGCGAUGUGGAGAACUGGGCACGAAGUAUUGAGAUGGACAUGCGGACAGUCACGACAGCUCUGGAAUAUGUGCACAAAGGCCCGGUUCAGCCCACGUCUUCAUGAGCACAUGGACAGAAACGCUGAGGCUUUUCCUCCAGAUGCUGGUGAAUCUCGGACACUGUUAUUUAAGACAUUCGUGUCUGGUUUAUUACUGUAAAGCAUUGCCGGAACAGCUGUUUAUUUCUAA